AUGUAUGGUUUUCAUAUUUUGCAACUCUUAUGAUAUAGGAACGUAGGAUUUUAUUUUGUAAAUAUUGUUGAUGAGCUUGGAAUGUGAAAAAAAAAAGUUUUAUGUUUGAUUUUCAGUCAGCGGCUAUAUCAUUUUCAGGGAGAAAACAAAUUGGUAUAUAUAGCAAAAGUUCAUGAAAAUUCUAUGAAAAACUUCAAUGUGUAUAUCACUCUUCCAUGGGACUUUCUUGAUAACAGUGUGAGCAUGGUAAAUACAUUAUGUUUUCAUCAUCACAGUGCUGAUAUUAAAUAUGUGAAACUUUCACCAGGAAUAUAAAAAAAUGAUGGAGUAUUAAAUUUCGAUAGAAAUAUGUGGAGUUUUAAUUGGGACAUAUGCGAGGCGAAUGAGUAUCAACUGCGAAGUCUGCCUAGAGGAGGUGAACUAAAGGUACUACGACGGUCAGGGACACAAGUGAAUGGAAGUCAUGGUGACAUUAGGCAACCAGAUUUUCCUUCAAUGACAAGGAAAGAGUCGCCACAACAAAAUGGUAGUCGUGACUACAUAUUCCAACGCACAGUUCAUGACAUUAAUAGGGGGCGCCCUAAGUCGGCCAUUAUCGUAACACGGAGCCAGUCUUUUAACGGCAUGGCUAAUCAACAAGCUGUGAUGGGCGGGAGAAGAGAAAGCCCACAGGGAGUGGUGCUGGGCGAGUCUUUCCGGCACCACAGGGGAUCUCCAGCAGUACAACCACCAAGGGCUGCUCCAGGCAGUAGAGGCGCUGUUGGUUUCAGUUUUAAGAAAUCUCCUAAGGUGCCAAAAGUUCCACGACCCAACAGAGCUCUUCUAAUGUUCCAGAGUGUGAAAAGGGGGAUCAGAGAAUUCAUCGAGGCCACAAAAGAAGACAUAAACCAGUUACAACACAGAGAGACAGACCUAACUUCUACAGCACAGGGAAGACUUCAUGAGGCAGACAAGCAAAUAAAGUCAGCAGAAAGAUACCUGAAAAGAUUAGAGUUUCAUCUUGCCAAGUUGGAUGAACUUCAUGAGUUUUACCUGCUGCAACAACAACUACGAGAAGGAGUGAGAACAAUGCAUAGAGCAUAUGUAACAUCACCCGGGAACCAGAGUCACUCACUGUCCAAUGUGAAGUAUGGGUACAAAGAAUGUACACAGACGAUGUGUAACAUAGAGGCCCAGUUAGAGGCCAUGAUGGGAACGUUUAAUUGUAAAUUAAAAGGUAUGGCAGGAUUUGCUAGACUGUGUCCCGGUGAUGUCUUUGAGGUCACAGUCAGACAUGGUACCCAGAAAUGGAAAACCAAAGGUAGAAUAGAAAAGACUGGGAACCAGAAAUGGGAUGUUCCAGAAUUCAACUUCAAAGCAGUUGUCGGAGAUAUAUUUAAUAUUAAGGGUUUGGAAGUUCGAGCCUUCAAGUCGGUAUUACUGGGUCAGAAGAGUUGUGAAACGAAGGACUUGUUUUCAGCAAAUCCUCAACUGAUGACUGUCAGUAUCAAUGUGAACGGAUCGCUCAAACUUAGUAUAGUCAUUACCUGGAAUCCACUAGAUGGAGUAGACGAAAGCUUUGCAUUCUUGGAGACUCCACAAAAGUCACAAGGUACACCACGCAGACGACCAGUGUCAGUAAUAGCGCUCAACGGGCAAUAUGAUGAAGAUGCAGGUGGAGACAGACGACAUUCAAAUCCACUCACUAUACAACAAACGAAGGACGACAAUUUUAUUCUGCGUUCAAACCCGCCAUCUCCUCAUGUGAAUCAUGUUACAUCAUAUCAUGGACUUGACAGCCCGCACGUUAGCGCGCGUCUUAGUGAACACCUGCCUGACGCAUAUAGGCAGGCUGGUCCUCUGUAUUCACAAACGAACCACCAUAGUCAGGCUGGUUUUCACUCUAGUCCGGCUCUACAAGCCUUUGGAGAAAAUGACUCUGAUAAACAAUUACCCCACCCACCUACUCAAAAUAGUGCAUUCUCAAACACUUUACCCUCAGUGUUGGGACAUUUACAUUUCCCGAGUGUUUCGCCGCACGCUGUUACGAGCGGGAAAGAUGAGGAGGAACAUUCUGUGUUAAAUAUUGAGGACGUGUUACACACACUGACUUCCUCAUUAGAAGACUACCACGGCCAGUAUACGGAGUUACAGAAACUUGAGGAUUUAAUCAAAUUUGCACAAAAGUUAAUCAGGAAACAGUUUCGCAGUAGUUCACGGUCUUCCAGUAUCAGUGUAUCUAUAGAGAGUGCGCUAGAAGCUUUCGAUUUCCUCGACACAGAAGAAGCUUUCGAGGAACCAAAGUCACCGACUGACAAUGUGAAGCCUAGUUUUGACGAUAUGUUAUGCAGCCCAGAGUCAACGGCCAAGACAGGAGACUCCGGCAUCGAGAGCCUGGCUCAGCGGCUUAGUGAGGAUACACAGCUAGGAUCGAGCCUAGGUUCAAGCCCAGUGCCGCCAUCCACGGGGAAUGAAGAGGUUGAUCAAUGCCUCAUGUACCAUCUAACUUAUUGUGAACGUCUGCUAGAGAAUCUUGGUGCUUUUGGACCAUUGAAAUGUCGGGAGAUUUAUGCACUGGAUAAGUUGCAGAAACAGUGUACGAUAGUUGAAAGUUUGUUAAAACUGGCAAAGGCAGGACCACAUGUAGAUUUGCAUUCUGUGAUGUCUGGUAUAUGUGAGGAUAAGUCGCUGAGAGAAUUCUGGGUAAAAUGUACUGACCAAAACACACUAUAUAUACACCCAGAUAGACUACUCAACAUGUUGGAACAAAAAUAUUCUUCUGUGAUAGCUGAAAGGCAUAUGAUUGACCCAGUGAAAGUAUGUCAACAUGUGAUUACACGUGUACUGGAUAUUCCGGAUUACGAAGCAGAGAGAGGUCGGAGUUGGUUUGUGUUGACGUUACAUCAGUUUAUGUUGUACUUUAAUGAAGAAGGAGGACUUAAAUAUUUAGAGGAUGUGGCGCAAGAAAUGAAAUUAGUAGAAAAGCUGACCAGCGGUAAUCCAGACAUUGUGAUAAAAGCCAUUCUUACAUUACGUGACACCUUGCCCUCAUCACCUUGCCUCAAGGUCAUUGGAAUGUUGCUCGUUACCAUGGACAGAGAAGUGGAACAAUGUACAUUGUCAUAUUUGAAUUUGAUCCAGAAGAAGAAGGAUGACAGAGAGAAAGCUCUUAUAACAUUUGUAGAGGGCCUGGAGGAUAGAACACCUGAGAUACGAAGUGGAGCCUGUGCUGCACUUACCAUUCUAGAGGCGACCGAGAGUAUAGAUCAGUUGGUGUACCUAUGGCAGUCAGAUUCCUCACCUAUGGUACAGAAGUGUGCUAAAGAUGCUCUCCUUAAACUUGGAGAUGAAGGUAGAAAAGCUUUCGAGGAUGCACAACUAUCGAAACACGGUUUCCAGGGGUUACAGGUGCACAAGUGAAGCAGGUUUCCAUGACAACCUACCCAGAAUUCCUGAUUAUCAUUCCCAGGAUGCAUCAUUGCUCAUGGCAGAAGAUGUUACUAUAAAUAGCAUGUCAUCACUGAAGAAAAGUGAUGUCAUAGCACAAGAUGUGCCUGUUGAAUAGAUUGCCAUCAGUUAGGAAACUGAUAUAUUGGAUUCUAAAUGAAUGUGAUGAGAACAUCGGGUGCCUACUUCGGUGCACUCUAGUUGUACAAAUAUCAUUUCUGAAAUGAAAAUAAAGUUUCGAACAACAAAAAUGUGGAAAGAAUGUAUUCAAAGUCGUGAUUGUAAUGGAUGUAAACAUAAAUUUUUCAGAUAAUUCGAUGUUGAUGAUCGAAAUGAACUUGCAGAUCAAUCCUUAUGCCAUAAUGCCUUGGACUUGUUCCAGCGUUAAAAAGAUGUUUUUUUUACUUUUAAGAGUGUUCCUAUGUCAUGUUAAAAUCAAAAUAAAUUAUAUUAGCAUUUAUUGAAUUAUCUGUAAGUAAAGUUUAUAAACUUCAAGCAGAAAAUAUUUCCUUCUGUAUGCAUUAGAAUUGUUUGAUAAGACGUUGUGUAAUGAUACACUAUUGAAGAAAAAGUCAUAAUACAUUAAAAAGAGAGGUUUAGUGAAUACAAAUCAAUGAUACAGAUUUAUUUAAUCUUGUUCAAUUUCUAGAUUGCAAUGCAACUACCGUUAGCUACGCAAGUUUGUCUCGCAGAUGUGUGUGCUUUUAUUGAAAGACGUUUCUGUAUAUAUUUGGCAUAUUUGCACAGUAUUCAUCAUUUUUGCAGAUAAUUCGGAGAAAACAGUUGUAUUAAUACCAGUAAUGUUGAAAGGACUGAUUUAUACUUGUCCUUUUUCUGUCAUUUAAAUAUUUACACUGUGGUUUUUUUGGCUACUACAGUCAAACUUCGUUAAUUCGAACUUGGAUAAUUUGUACACUACCCUUCUUACGAACUUGUUGUCAGGUCCAGGAAAAAUUCCUGUAUAAUGAAUUUUGUUCGAUAACUCAAACAACCGAUCACUCGAACAAAUUUUGCCGGUCCCGUCGAGUUCGAGCUAUAGAAGUUUGACUGUAUUUAGAAAAUUGUAUUUAUAUAGACUGGUAUGAAAGUUUGCCCUGAUUAAAUUGCUUGAUUCAGGUGUUCUAAAUGUUUGCAGUUCCAAAUGAUACAUUUUCAGCUUGCUUUGCUGUCUGCUUGGUAUGUUGAUAAAAUAUAAAAAAAAUAGUCACUUUUAGUUUGCUGGUUCAGUUUGUACUUGGUAAUAUACUUCUCUCUCAAAUGGUUUUCACAUAUUCUAUUUAUAGAACGAGGGAUAAAAUGACAGAAACGUAUUUUGAAGACGUUGAUACAAUAUAGAAGAAAUAAGGUUUUCAAUUUGCAUACAUACCUUUUUCAUAAUUGGUAUAAAUGAUUUAAAGCGUUAAAAAAAAAAUUCAGAUCAUUCAUUUUUGUGUUUAGGCUAAGGGUUAAAGUCAGCAAAAGAAGAUUGGUUUGUUUCCCAUGUGACAUCAAAAUAUCUGUCUCUCAUUCAAGCAGAUCUUAUGUAUUCACUCUCGGCUACCUCACUCGGAAAAUUUUUCAAGUGAUGUCCACUCUUUAAAAGAUGUUUCGAUCUUACACUGAAAAAAAAAAUGAUACCCUCUUAUCAUCUACCAUUUAGCAAAUUAUUUCAUUAGGAAUUGUGUUCUAAACUAUCUACUAACUUAUUACUAGUCUUUUAUUCACGGUGCUAUUAACUGAUUUUCAGUUCAUGCCUUCAUCCAUGCAAAAAAGUAUAUGUUUAACAGUUUUUGUUGGUUCUAUGAAGUUUUUGUAAAUUAUGUUGUCAGUAAGUUGACAUAUGUGUUAUGUGCUGGAAGUUAAUUAGUAUAAAUAACUGUCUACAUUGAAGUUGAAAAAAAAGAAUUGACACCAUUUUUAGCUUAGCUCUUAAAAGAAUAAGUAGAGCUGUUGCAUUUACGUGUUCUGUGGCAUCUGUGUUCGCCUUACUGUUUGGUACAUAAGCUGGUAGCU